AGGCCGGGCCGCCCUAGAUCACGUUUGCCACCGGCAGCCAACCAGUCUGGGCCGGGACUGCGGGUGGAGCUGCUAUUGGGGGCUAGUGAGCUCAGCCCCCCCUCUCCCACCCUUCCAGCCUGGGUCCCCCACCCCCCCACGCCCGGCUCGGGGAGGUAUAUCCUGCCUGCUCCACCUCCCCAGCGUGGAAGCGGAGCGGCGGCCUCCGUGUAACGCGGGGGCGAGAUGUAGCGAGCCCGGCGCCGUGGCUGGACACUCGCCUUGGCGGGCGGGUGGGGGGCGCGGGGGGCCCGCGGAGGACAACGACCACGAAGGAGGAGGAGUGAUGAGAAGAGGGGGUACCCUGCACCCCCCCAAGACCGCCAGCCCCAGGUGUUCAGCGUAGGUUCCUGUGACUUUAAAUAAUAAUCAGAGAUUUUGGAAAGGUGCAAAGUCUUCCUACGAAAGUAAGGGGACAGCCAGAAGGCAGAGCAGAGCCAGGAGGAAGCUGUGAUCCUGCCCCGGGACCCGUGUAUAACUUCAACAACUUCAGAAAUCUGAAUGUGCCAUCAGCAAGAAGAGAUUGGAGGAGCCAGAUCCCAGGCUGAGCCUGUGUUUUAAAAGACUCAAAUCCAAGCUGCUUUCCUAAAAGAAUAUCCACUGGGAUUCCCUCGCAGGACAGCCUCCAGUUUGGUUAGGUUCUCCUAGUGCUGAUGUCUGCCUGGUUCUAAGUGAAUCAAGUGAUGUGGGGUGAGUGCACCUGCUGAGAACCAAAGUAGAUAAGGAACAGUGGUUGUCCCCCACCCCCGGGCAAGGAGGGGACUAGACCGCUCUUCCAGUUUGGAAAUAAGGCAUUCACACCCCUAGUGGUUGGCUGCUCAGUCCAGUGGGGUGUGUUCCUUGUUUUCCUUCCCGAUUGUGGCCUCAGUGCUUGAUGGGGCUGCCUGUUGGUGGAACAAUCUUAACAGCAUCUGGCGGGAGCAAAGAACUGUGGGAGACGGCCAAUGAGCCUGGGCUCUCCCUGAGACUGAGGUCUCUCCGGAGUUAAAAGGGAGAGAGAAAGAGAGAGAGAGAGAGAGAUUGCCACUCUCCCCUGUCAUGUCCUCCAAGCCAGAGCCAAAAGACGUCCACCAGCUGAAUGGGACUGGCCCUCCCGAGGUGCCCUGCCCCGCAGAUCUCCCUGGCCGGGAGCCACUAGCCAGCACCACAGAGUUCCUGGGUCCAGAUGGGGCAGGCGUAGAGGUGGUUGUGAUUGAGUCGCGGGCCAACGCCAAAGGGGUCCGAGAGGAGGACGCCCUCCUAGAGAACGGGAGCCAGAGCAAUGAGAGUGACGAUGUCAGCACCGACCGUGGCCCCGAGCCGGCCUCUCCCCUCAAGGAGACCUCCUUCUCCAUCGGGCUCCAGGUGCUUUUCCCAUUUCUCCUGGCUGGCUUUGGGACCGUUGCCGCAGGCAUGGUGCUGGACAUUGUACAGCACUGGGAAGUCUUCAAGGAUGUAACUGAAGUCUUUAUCCUGGUACCUGCACUCCUGGGGCUCAAGGGGAACCUGGAGAUGACCCUGGCAUCAAGACUGUCAACAGCUGCCAACAUCGGGCACAUGGACACACCAAAGGAGCUUUGGAAGAUGAUCACUGGAAACAUGGCCCUUAUCCAGGUGCAGGCCACUGUCGUGGGCUUCCUGGCCUCCAUCGCAGCGGUCAUCUUCGGCUGGAUCCCCGACGGCCACUUCAGCAUCCGCCACGCCGUGCUGCUGUGUGCCAGCAGCGUGUCCACAGCCUUCAUCGCCUCCCUGGUGCUGGGUAUGAUUAUGAUCGGAGUCAUCAUCGGCUCCAGGAAGAUUGGGAUCAACCCCGACAACGUGGCCACGCCCAUCGCCGCCAGUCUGGGGGACCUCAUCACCCUGGCCCUGCUCUCGGGCAUCAGCUGGGGGCUCUACCUGGAACUGGAGGGCCGGCCAUACAUCAACCCCUUGGUGUGUGCCUUCUUUGUGGCUCUGCUGCCUGUGUGGGUGGUGCUAGCCAAGAGGAGCCCAGCCACUCGGGAGGUGCUGUACUCCGGCUGGGAGCCAGUCAUCAUUGCCAUGGCCAUCAGCAGUGUUGGAGGCCUCAUCCUAGACAAGACUGUGUCGGACCCCAACUUUGCCGGUAUGGCCGUCUUCACUCCAGUGAUUAAUGGUGUUGGAGGCAAUCUGGUGGCGGUCCAGGCCAGCCGAAUCUCCACUUACCUGCACAUGAACGGGAUGCCGGGGGAAAGCUCAGAGCCAGCGCCCCGGCGCUGCCCUAGCCCUUGCACCACUUUCUUUAGUCCUGAAGUGAAUUCACGCUCGGCCCGGGUCCUUUUCCUCCUCGUGGUACCUGGACACCUGGUGUUCCUCUAUACCAUCAGCUGCAUGCAAGGUGGGCACACCACCCUCACCCUCAUCUUCAUCAUCUUCUACAUGACGGCUGCGCUGCUCCAGGUGCUGAUCCUCUUAUACAUCGCAGACUGGAUGGUGCACUGGAUGUGGGGCCGGGGCCUGGACCCAGAUAACUUCUCCAUCCCAUACUUGACAGCCUUGGGUGACCUACUAGGCACCGGACUCCUGGCCCUCAGCUUCCACGUUCUCUGGCUCAUCGGGGACCGAGACACAGAUGUCGGGGACUAGCUUCCACCUCUCCACCUCCAUUGCCUUGUAUUUGAUUUUUUUUCUUUUUGGUUUUCUCCCCAUCCUCCUUUCUAGGACUUCACUUUGAUAUUGAAUUCUCAUUAUUUUAAAUGGGAAUUUUUAAUACGUCGAGCCGAGUUUGUACAGUGAGUAUUUAGGAAGGCUAGAUUGACUGAAACAAAACAGCAUGAGUCAAUUUUGAGACAAUCACCAAGUGCAAUUUCAUGGUGGGUGCCUCCAAGCAGAACAGGGAGGGGACAUCUUUCUAGGGAAUAGGGACAGGGAGUCUGACCUCAGCAACCUACGUAUUUGACUAAUAGGGGAGCCCUUUUUGUGGGUAGGCGCUGGGUUUUGGGUUUUUUUUUUUUUUGGUUGACUGGUGGGAAUAAUAAAAUCAUCCCCUUAUUUCCUUGAAAAUGGAUCAUAAAAAAGGAGCUGAGCGGGGACACAGCUGGUCCCUAGCCCUGUUUUCUUCUGCUGAAAUCUAGCCGGCCCCUAAAGAGAGUGACAUGGGUUAACUGUUCCCGUUCCGGCACGUCCCUCAUGUUAGGUACCACCAGUAAGCUAUCCCACUGUUCUCUAAUUGCCUAACACUCCCUGGAAGAAGCAGACAGUGGCUUGGCCACCCUUUGCCACACAUUCUUCCACUCCUUCAAAUACCCACAUCCUCUCAGGGCUCAAACAACAGGCAGCACGCCCCUCCCUCUCUCUCUCCCAUCCAUUCCUGUCCCUGUUUGAGCAUGCUCUGCCCCUGAGUGAGCCCAGGGGCUGGGUCAGGAUCUGGUUCUGUGGCCGGAGAAAGUUCUGCUUCCCCUCUGUGCUUAAAAUCACAUGGAGAGUCAAGUAAAGGCUCUGUGGUUUCUUAAGCAUUUCCUCCCCCUGCCCCAUUCCAUUCCCGUCAUUUUACUUCUCAGCUUCUGUCUUGGAGCAUUCCUUCAUUUAUUCAUUUAUCCAACAAAUAUUUAUUUAUUGAGUACUUACUAUGUACAAAACCUGGAAGAUCCACUUCCUCCAAGGACCCCACCCACCCAGGAAGUUGAUUUUUGCCCCCCACAUCAUCUCUUUGCUAUUUUCCCACUUCCUUUGGUCUCACAGACGGCACCUGCCUUUGAACUUGGUGGUGAGAGAUCUUCUUCACCAAACUUAGUCUUCCCUUUUUUUCCAUGUUUGGCUCCUACCUCCUCCAAGCCCUGAGCACAACCCCGGUGCCCAACCUGCUUCCUCCAUCAAGGUUUCUUGACUUUCUCCUGGGUCAUGCCCAUGGUAGCCAGCAAGAGCCUGCCUGUCCCUCCUAACACUCCCAUCCCUCAAUUCUUAGAACCCUGCCCACUGGGCUCCUAAGAGUACCAGAAUUGCUAGUCUGGACCUUCCCCAGUUGCUGCUGUUUUUCUCUGGAAGGAAACUGGGUUUCUCAGCAUCUCCACCAUGUAUUGCUCUGGACCAGAUCAGGAAUCCGGGGAAAACACAAUAUACACUACUCAUGCAUGUAUGGAUCUGGGCGUUUGGAUGCAGGUGUUGCUCAGUUGCUUUGCUCUAGGGACACUCCACAAAAUCUUCCUAGCCAAGAGGAUGGUGGGUAAGAGAGAGACGAGUCUCAUCUCUACCCUCAACUUCUCCUACCCUCGUCUCCUAGAUUUUUUUCUUAGGGGCUGCUCAGGCUGGAGCCCCAAUCUCUUACUGAUACCACUCAUCACUAGGACCUUCCACUAAAUUUUCUGGAGUAAGCCUCUCUCUUUACUCCAAAUCUUUCAUCCUAAAAUCAGACUCCUAGUGAUCUCAUGGUCAUCUGUCUCCCCUGGGCUGUGUCCAGCAAAGCUAAUCAUCACUGCUUGGACUUGUCUGCUCCGCUUCCCCUGCCUGAUCCCUAUCACUCUUUUGCUAUCCUCUUCCUCUCUUCUCCACACAGACAGCAACACAAACCCUCCCCAGAGGUCCUCCCUUCCCAGUUUAGCCAAUUGGCCCAACUCAUCUUUCCUUCAUCCACAGAGUCCUGUUUGGGCCAGUGAGUAAACCCCCUGCCCCUUCAGGUUCUGGAUAUGUGGCCUCCUAUGAGAGGGGAAGAAAGAGGGACUGUGGAGAGAGAGAAUAUCACUGAACGUGCAAAUGCAUCCAAGAUUUGUUUCCCCAACUGUGCAUGUACUUUAGACCUGGCUGCAAGGAGCAAUGUUGGUUUACUCUUGUAUUCUUAAAAAGUUCCAGAAUUGUGUCUUAAGAGAAUUAUUUAUAGUUGCUAUAACUGAAUUGACAAAUGUCAACUUAACUGAUAAAUUAUAUUUGGUAAAAUAAAGAGAACAUUUAUUUA